ACACUGACCAGGAAGAGGCUGCCUCAUUGUUUCUCUUUUCUGUCUGCUUUAGUGUCUUGACAAAAGCAAAAAACGAAUCAGCGAUCAGUGGAGAAUGAAGAGAAACACUUUCUAAAAGGAUUUUUCAGCUGUUUGUUUCAGAACAGACAGCAGAUCAUAGUGAUUCUUGUACUUUUACAUAUUUGCAACAUCAUUCAGAAAGUGAAAGUAAAUACUACUGGAGAUACAAACGGUGAAAAUGGAUUCACUAUCUGUAGAAGAACUUUCUUGUCCUGUGUGCUAUGAAAUCUUCAAGGCUCCUGUUAUUUUAUCUUGUAGUCACAGUGUCUGUAACGAGUGUCUUCAACAGUUCUGGAGAACCAAGGAAACUCAGGAGUGUCCUGUCUGCAGGAGGAGAUCCUCAAAAGAACACCCCCCUCCUAACCUGGCGUUAAAAAACUUGUGUGAGUCAUUCCUGAAAGAUAGAAAUGAGAGUCGUGCAUCAGGAUCUGAGGAGAUCUGCAGUUUACACAGUGAGAAACUCAAACUCUUCUGUCUGGAGGACAAACAGCCUGUGUGUGUAGUGUGCAAAGAUUCACAGAAACACAUCAAUCACACAUUCAGACCCAUCAGUGAAGUUGUUCCAUCAUAUAAGGAGGAGCUCAAUACAGCACUAAAGUCCGUACAAGGGAAAAUUAAACACAAAGAAAACAUCAAAAGACAGUUCGAGAAAACAGCUCAACACAUCAAGUCUCAAGCUGAGCACACAGAGCAUCAGAUUAAACAGCAGUUUGAGAAGCUUCAUCAAUUUCUCCGAGAUGAAGAAGAAGCUACAAUCACUGCACUGAGGGAGGAAGAGGAGCAGAAGAAGCAGAUGAUGAAGGAGAAGCUGGAGGAGAUGAACAGACACAUCUCAGCUCUUUCACACACAAUCAAAGACAUGGAGGAGAUGAUGAAAACCAGUGACGUCUGCUUUCUGAAGGAGUUUCCAGUCUCGAUGGAAAGAGUCCAGAGCUCACAGCCGGAUCCACAGAUGGCUUCUGGAGCUUUGAUUCAUGUGUCACGUUACUUGGGCAACCUGCCGUUCAGAGUCUGGAAGAAGAUGCAGAACAUCGUCCAAAACACUCCUGUGAUUCUGGAUCCAAACACUGCGAAUCCACAUCUUGUCCUUUCUGAUGAUCUGACCAGUUUGACAGAAAGCGGGAAAAAACAACCUUUUCCGGAUAAUCCAGAGAGAUUCGACUGUUAUUACUGUGUUCUGGGUUCAGAGGGUUUUAACUCAGGAACACACUGCUGGGAUGUGGAGGUUACAGAGAGUUUAUACUGGACUCUUGGAGUAACUACAGCAUCAAACCAGAGGAAGGGAUGUGAUUUCUUUAACACUGAUGUCUGGAGUGUGCACUAUAAUCAGGAUGGAUGGUCUUCAGGUUCUGGUUUUCGUGUCAAACAGAAGCUUGAUCGUGUGAGAGUGUAUCUGGACUAUGACAGAGGAACGGUGUCAUUCUCUGAUCCUGUAACUAACACACAUCUACACACAUUCACAACCACCUUCACUCACACACUUCUUCCAGUCUUUAGUUCUGAUUCUCUGAGGAUUUUAGCCUCCAGUGGUCAGUAAACAUUACUCCUGUAGGCAGCAGCUUGUCUGUAUAGGCAGGUUGGGCUGAGCUACAUCAAAAUAUUCAUACAAACAUAGACCUCUAUAUACACCGAAUCAAUAAUAAAUUGCAAAUAUGUUCAACAUUCUGCAACAAUUUUUUUUUUUUUUUUUUUUUUGAUCUUUGGAUCUAUGGAUAAUUUAAGUCGUAACGUGAGCAGAAUAUAUUCAAAUUUAGCAUAUAGCUUUUGCAGGCAUGUAUUAAAGGGGACCUAUUAUGCCCCAUUUUACAAGAUGUAAUAAGUCUCUGAUGUCCCCAGACUGUGUAUGUAAAGUUUUAGCUCAAAAUACCUUACAGAUAAUUUUUUAUAACAUGUUAAAAUUGCCACUUUUAGUGGUUGAGCAAAAACAAGCCGUUUCAGCGUGGGCCCUUUAAAUGCAAAUGAGCUGCUGCGACCCAGCAAACAAGGGACGUCCCCCGGACGUUGUGAACGUCCGUUAAGGUCCGCGUUUGGUCCGCUUUGUAACGUUCGCUGGACGUUCGGGGGACGUCCGCGUUUGGUCCGCUUUGUAGCGUUCGCUGACGGACGUUCGGAGGACAUUCAAGUCCUUGCCAGUUUGCGAAAGUCCUACUGACGUCCCUCAUCUGGUAUUUCCAUAACAACACUUGUAAAAAAAAAAAAAACAGCGUUGCCUUUUAUCAACAGACCUUACACCUUGAAACUCAGACAAAGGGCAAAUUAAACUAAACCUACUGGAUUUAAAGGAGGCUGUGUUCCUUAAAAAUCCCUUUAAACAUGAUAAUGGAUUUACAGAAACCAUGAUUGUUUUGUUGUGCAGGUUGAUAUUAUGGUUUUACUUCAAGUAAAAAUAGUAGUUGAAUUCGGGUCAUUCUACAGAAAAGUCCACUUUUGGUAUGACAAAAUGUCUUAAAAUGUAUUUCUUUUUCUAACGUUUAAACUUAGACCACAUUAUUAUAUUACACAUUGACUUUAUGAAUACAAAUGAC